CUUUUUGUUUUAUCGUUUUGAAAUAGUUGAAAACGAUAGUAGAAAUUUUUUGUUUCAUUGUGAGUCUUGUCUGUGAUCAGAGACUUUAGUUGUGUGCUUAAUUAUAAUGAUCGGCAAACCUGAGUAAUUUGAUUUCUUUGACCCCUCAUUUUGAAUGCUAAAACAUGCCAAAACCAAAAAAAAAGAGUGUUAAAUGAUCGAGCGUGCCAUGUCAUACUUAGAACAAAGCAAUGAGCAUUUGCGAUAAAGAAUCUUUAGUUAUUACUUAUUUUUUUAUCAUUAUAUGUUCCAAUGUGGUAAACGUCGCACGGAGGACAUGGCAGAACUGCUUUGUUGUAUAAUUUUCCUAAUUGAUAUUCUUGAUAUGUGUUUUAUAUGUUUUUAGAGAGAAAGGAUACAUAGUUUGGAAUCCAUCACAUGCAGGAAAUUUUAGCACAAUUGUGAGACUUGUGGCAUUAUUUCAUUUCUUAGAAGAUUCUUAUAAAAUCAUUAUCACCCGAAAGAAUUUAUUUCUUCUAGCAAUCAUGCCUUUUAAAACAUGAGAAUUAACCAAAUCUAGUGUUAUCAAAUAUGUGCUUGCAUCUAAUGACUUUCCAAACACUGCAUUUAUGGUGUUUGAGAAAGUUUGCUUUGUUUCUAAAGAUGUAAAGCUCGUUACUACUUACUGUCGUGAAACCAUGAAUACAUAGGGAAUUUAUUUGAUUUAGUAGAGAAAUCACAGCAGUGCUAGAGUUCUUGAUACAAUUGGGAACUAAAUGGAAAGGUUAUUUUUUUAAGUUAGGAAAAAGAUCCCUUUUAUGUCUUUCUAUGGAAUUUUUUUACAUUAUUUUUGGUUAUAACUUGUUGUGGUUUAUGUCCAUAUUAAUCUCCAAUUCUCGCUAACUUUAACUCAUAAAUCCUCAUAAACCUAUCGACAAACUGUCUCUUUCACAAAAUCUAAUAUACAAUACGGUAAAAAGUGGACUAUUUAUUAAACCAGAUUUGAAAAACAUUGAAAACUAUUCAAAUAUCCUAUUUGACAAUGUGGGACAUUUGCCGAUCAAUGGAAAGAAUAUGCAACAAGAGCAAGGCAUUUAAUGCAUGAACACCUUCUUUUUAAAGAUGAACUAUGGAUGGCAUCAUAUUAUUGCAUCUAUAUUACACUUUAAAGAUUUUUGUUCUGUUUUGGAAAAGAUUCUACAUCAUGCAUACUUUUUGUAAUUUCUCUUUUUCGCAAGUGCGUUUUUCUGCAGUUAUUUUGUUUGCCUCCGAUACUUUUUAUGAAGGCAAAGGUGUUGUAUGCUUCUUAUUCUUCUAUUUCAAGUUCCAAGAUUGCAAUUUCUUUCAGCCAAAUGUCAUGUUUGGUUCACAAUUGCCAAAUAAGUCUUAGAUUUUUUCUCGUGAAAGUAAGGGCCAAAGGGUGCUCGAUUCUUUGUCGUCGUCUCUUUUAUCAUAUUAAGUUACCAAAUACGCAUUCACUUAAAGUAUCUCAAUAUGGUAUAUAUCAUCUAUUAUUUUAUUUUGUAUGGGUAAUUAAGAUGGUCACCAUUGCUUUUCAUGAUUAUAUUUUCGCUUUCAGAAACAACUUUUCAGCUUUAUAUGUAACGCCCGUAGAUUUUGUCGUGUUCUCCCUACUUCAUUAUAUUUGUUGUCUCUGUUUCUGUCUUUGCUAUUACUGUCUUCACUUUCCUUCUAUCCUUAAUUUUAUAGUUCAUUUUAAUGGAGGCAACACUGCUGUUUGUUGUUUGUGCUUCUAUUUCAUACCCUAAGCCUUCAAGCCCAAUGCAGCCCUCUUCUCAUUUGCUUCACAGACAUCAAAUGACUCCUAAAUUUCUUAGUUUGAAAUCAAAAAAUAAUGGACAUCGCCAUGUUACGUUGUCAUCUAAUCCUAUUAGAUAUUCAAAGACCAGGGUAGAUGAGAGCCAAAGUUUGAGUCUGGAAGGUAUUAGACAUUCGCUAAUCCGACAAGAGGAUAGCAUAAUACGUAACCUUUUGUUGAGAGCACAGUAUUUUCUCAACGCUGGCACAUACGACCCUGAUGCAUUCUCCAUGGAAGGUUUUGAUGGGUCUUUGGUGGAGUUUAUAGUCACAGAAACUGAAAAGCUACAUGCUCGGGUUGGUCGCUAUAAGAGUCCCGAUGAGCAUGCAUAUUUCCCUGAACAUUUACCAGAGCCACUACUUCCUCCCCUGCAAUACCCACAGGUCCUGCAUCCCUGUGCUACUUCUAUAAAUAUCAACAAGAAGGUCUGGGAUGCGUAUUUUGGAGAUCUUCUCCCAAGAUUGGUCAAAUCCGGAGACGAUGGUAAUUGUGGAUCUGCUGCUGUUUAUGACACCAUGUGCUUGCAGGCGCUGUCCAGGAGAAUCCACUAUGGAAAAUUUGUGGCUGAGGCUAAAUUUCAAGAAUCCCCUGCUAGAUAUGAGGCUGCUAUUAGGAUGCAAGAUGGACGAAAACUGAUGGAGUUGCUGACGUAUGAAUCCGUGGAAGCAACCGUUAAGAAGAGAGUAGAGGUGAAAGCAAAAACAUUUGGCCGAGACUUAACAGGCUACCCGGAGGAAAAUGAAGCUGAGCCCGGCUAUAAAGUCGAGCCGAGAUUAGUGGUGAACCUGUACGGGAAUCUGAUAAUGCCGCUCACCAAGGAAGUUCAAGUGGAAUACUUGUUGAGAAGGCUCGAUUAGUGUAGUUACUCGUGCGACAUUUUCUUUCUUGCUUUAAGGAAAACAUGGUUGAAACAGUUUGUUGGAUGUUAUAAUAAAGUUACAGCUUGUUCUGCAUCA